AUGCCGACCAUCAAAUACCUCAAGGACAACGAAGACGAUUGCGACCUCGACCCUCAGCUGUAUGUCUCCGAUCUACUCCUCGACGAAGGCAAAGCCGCCAAAGAUGGAGCCGAUCAGCGCGUCGCAAUCAAGGCCAUUCUGGAGCAAGGCCGCGCGGUGCGUGAAGGAUCCGUGGCAGUGGGAAGCUUGUUGGACAAUCCUCAGUUUCGGCUUCAACACCAGCAGACUUCGCGACCGCCCGUCCCGAGAUUUCCUGGCGUCUCCUCCUCACUAGGGAAACGCUCGCUUCCCCCGGCCGACACCCAGCCUUACCCGUCUGAUGUGAUUGGAAGCAAGAGGCCGCGGCAAAUUGAGAUACCCGAGACACAGAGGGAAGAAAGCGUGGUCUCUUCCAUCGAGAGAGAUGCAGCGGGAGCAUCGCCCGAGCUGGUUCAGGCCACGCAGGAAGAAGAGGCAAGGCAAGACCAAGACUCACGGCCGCAGCAGUCACCUCUGGUACCCAAGGUCGAGUCUCCCGAGCUUUGGCGGUCUUUUCAGGCCAUGCCUGCCGCAACGGCGGAUGAAUUGGAGGAACUACCGGCCCAGCCUCACACCUUUGCAUCAAGGCCAAGAACGACGGGGAACUCGAUAGAUACACAGCGAUUAUCCGGGUCUCGUCGACCCAACGGCGUCUCGUCGAGUGCCCAGAUCGAAUAUUCCCAGGCACCCAUCACACCGCCUACAGAGGCUUCUACAGGGCGUUCGACUUCGACAAAGCUGCGGUCUCAGGGCGUACGGGACGGUACCAGCAUUCCCCAUCAGCGAUCGUCGACUUCAGCAGGCAAAUUCAAACGCGUAGAUGUCUAUGACUUUCCGGAAUCAGACAUCGACGACACUCAAAUGUCGCCUCGCUCGAAGCAAGCACGGCUCGGGCCUAGAAAUUCGGCAGACCGCCUAUCUCAGAUUGAGCGGUUGCGAUCUCCAAACGAGGACGGUGUAGAGGAGGCGCAGCAUCGGCUCAGUGUCGACGAAGCGCUUGGUGCCUUGGAAACGGAGUCUGUCUUGGAUGGCAAUGGAGUGGCACCACUCAACUUUGUCACCCCCGAGGUGUCUGUGAGAUACAACAAUGCUCGGGACACGGAUGAUUCGGAAGAAUCCAUCUACGAGGAUGCGGCCACUGACGACAUCCAAAUGCAAGACAGUCAUGAAACCUCCCAUCUUCACAAACAACCGACGCCAGCUCUCCCGGGACCGAGCUUGAAUCUCGCUCCAACAACGGACGACGAAGUUGGCGACAAAGAAAAUCGUCAUGCAACCCCGACAUCUGCUCAACCAGUCUCUGAGGCUUCUGGGCUAGCAGCCAGUAGCAACUCUACAGAGAAGACUCCUACCAAGGCAGGUCCCACACCAGCUCCAGCAAAUGAGGUCAGGCCGUCUGAGGGCACACCCGCUAAGAAGAGACAACGGAAGAAGCCGUCAAAGAUCAACGGGGACGAAAAUUCCAGCCAAGUGAGUGGCAGCACAAAGCAUUCCGCUGUUGCAGAGACGCCAGGCAAAGUAGCUGCAAAGUCGGCCAGAAAACCCCGUCGUCCGGCAGUGGCUUCUAGUCUGGACAGCCCGGGAGAACAGUUAUCGCAGUCACUACAGGAGUCGGCGCGCAAGCAAAUGUCUGCGAACACCCUAGGUAAGAAACAAGCGGCCCCAUCCCGAGCAGCUGGAAAGAAGCGCAAGCAAGACGCAGCGAAGGAUGGACCGGAAACAGCGCAAACCGAGCCUUCAAUUCAAGGCGCAGCGGUCCAUGCGAAAAAAACUGGCACAGCGCCCCAAAAGACCCCGAGGCAAAGAAAACGCGCUGCGCAACAGAAGCCAUCAACGACCGAUGAACAAUCUGCCGCUUCGAAUGAUUCCCUUGCUGGUAUUCUCGUGCAGAGAUCAGAGACCGGCGCUGAUAAAUCGCUUCCUAAUGCUGGCUCGAGCCCCAACAAGGCCGCUGACAAGCAGAAAACGCCCGUCCAAGACCAAUCAAAGGCAUUGACUGACGACAAAGCGGCGGACCUGAUCCCAGUAGGCUUCACAGAGGAAGAGGCCAGAACCAUGAAAAGUCGGGAAGGCAUGACCAAGGAGCAGUACGAGGCGGAGAAGAAGCGCAAACGGCAAGAUGCUGCACGCCAGGCGGCCGGGCAGAAGAAGAGAGGUCCUUCAGUGAUGACGGACAGGCCUCUCGGAGCCAAGAGUGAAACUCCCGGUACCGCCGUGGCGUCGGGUUCCAACUCGACUGGGAAGAAAGCUCGGAAGAAUGCUUCUGCAGAGGACGGGCCAAAGUCGAGUCGAAAGAGCGUCAGCGCAAAGGAUGGAGCAAAGCCUGCUGUCGAAAACACACCCAGCAAGGCCACCGACGACGUCGUCUCCAAUCAGCGUAUGUCUGUCAGUUCGGCCAAUCCCUCGACUGCCUCUAAACGGGGAUCGUCUAAAGGAGCAUCGUCGGUUGCGAACUCGUCCAAACCGGGCAAAUCAGAAUCUGGCCCAACACCUGCGACGCCCGGAAAGACACCAACCAAAAGCCCAUCAGUUCAGCCGGCCAGUGCUGCUGUCAGCAAACCGGCCAAACCAGAUCCCAAGGCGCGAAGCACAGCCAGCCGGAAAUCAACUCCUGCCCCAGCGGCCAAGACUACCUCCGUUUCCAAACCCGGAACCAAAUCAGCAUCCAAAUCCACUCCGGGUGAGGUCUCAUCAUCAUCGCUCGUUCCUAAAGUGGCAGCUGCGCCGACGAUCAUGGAGGCGAAGAACUUGAAGGGCCUUCAUGCGGCGCUUCGCGUUGCGAGUCAAAUGCACUCGGCGUCCUCAAGCUCGUUGUCUCGGGCGUCUUCCCGACCGGCACCAGCGCAAAAGCGGUCGGUCUUGAACACGUCGACGGACGAUGACGAUGAUGACGACAGCAGUAAUGACGACAGCGACGACGAGGCAGAGAAUCGCACCAAGGGAGGUGAUCAGGCCAAGACCCAGGACUUGACGUCGUCAUCAGGUUCGACGAGCGACGAGGACAAUGAUGACGAUGACAAUGGAAGUGAAGCCGGUCCCAAGUCCAAGCAGGUCGCGCAAUCGAGUGUCAAGGCGAGUCCUCGUAAAGGUGUCAAUGCAAAGACGGAGGUGGGGGGUAAAGGCCGAGGCAAGACUCUAGGCCAGCCUGAUCCCAGUAUUCGCGAUCCGAGUGUUGAUUCCGACGAGGACGAGGACGAUGAAGACGAUGAACUGUGGACUGUGGAGUGA